AUGCUGCUGCCGGGCGCACAGCUGGUUCGCCGGCCUCUCCACCGCGUCCGUGCUUUGCGCCGCCUGCCCGCCCGCUCCCUCAUGGACCUCCGGGAGCUCGUCUCUGCGCUGAACGACUUCGCGUCCCUCUCUCUGGCUGAAAGCUGGGACAACGUGGGGCUGCUGGUGGAACCAAGUCCUCCCCACACUGUGAACACCCUUCUCGUCACUAACGAUCUCACUGAGGAGGUGAUGGAAGAGGCAGUGCAGAAGAAGGCAGACCUUAUUCUUUCUUACCACCCUCCUAUAUUCACACCACUCAAGCGAGUGACGUGGAAGACCUGGAAGGAACGGCUGGUGGUCCGAGCCCUGGAGCACAGAAUCGGGAUUUACUCUCCACAUACGGCGUAUGAUGCCAUCCCUCAUGGAGUCAAUAACUGGCUAACAAAGGGACUCGGUGCCUGUACUUCGGUUCCACUGCAUCCAUCAACUGCUCCAAGCUAUCCUGCUGAGGGCACUCACCGAGUAGAAUUCUGCGCAGACAACACGGAGCAUCUGGACAUGGUGCUGUCGAAAAUCAAAGACAUCCAAGAGAUCUCCUGUCUCACUACUUUCCCUGCCAGGGUUGAAGGUGAGGAGCAAACACGAGUCAGUUUGAACUGCUCUCAGAAAGCACUGUUGGAGGUGGUUGCAUUAUUGUCCCAGAACAGCCGCCUUUACCACAAGACCGAGAUUCUCUUACUACAAAAGCCUCUUCUGCCCCAUACUGGAAUGGGACGUCUGUGCGUGCUGAGCGAGCCAGUCUCUUUGUCUGACAUAAUUGAGCGUAUCAAAAGCCACCUAAAAUUACCUCACAUCCGCUUAGCCGUGGGAACAGGCAAGACACUAGAAUCACCAGUGAAGAAAGCUGCUCUGUGUGCUGGUUCUGGGAGCAGUGUCCUGAAGGGAAUGGAAGCUGACCUCUAUCUCACAGGAGAGAUGUCCCACCAUGACGUCCUGGAUGCAGUUGCCAAUGGGAUAAGCGUUAUUCUGUGCGAGCAUAGUAACACUGAGCGAGGCUUCUUGUCAGAGCUGCGUGACAUGCUAGCUAUCCAUCUACAGAACAAAAUCAACAUAAUUGUGUCUGAGAAGGACAGAGAUCCUCUCCAGGUGGCAUAGAAUAAAAAAAAAGUAGGAGAGAAUUCAGUCAAGAGUUUCAUGGUAUCUUGCACAGACCUAUCCAACUGCAAGCUUAAUGAAGAUGCUCUGAAUUGGUUCAGUACAGAAUGAUUGUAUUGUAUGUUCCCUCAAAGUUUGGGAUAUAUUUUGUUGUCUGUCAGAUAAAUAAAUGUUUGGU